AUGAAAAAUAGUCAGAAAUUAAGUGCUAAUCAAAAAAUUUAACAAAUUUACAACUAUCAUGACUUACUUGAAAUGGAAUAAAUGUCAAAAGAACUUAAAGAUCAAUUAAUGCUAAUUAUAAACUCUUCUGAUCAAUAGAUUUCUGUCAAAGAUGCACUUGAAACGAUUAAAUCUGAAAACUUUCUAUAAACUCAUAAAGCAGUAAUUUAAUUGAGAAAGACCUUAUCUGUAUUAUUGUUUCAAUAAUUUAAUAAGAAUUUCGAUUAAGCAGAAAUAUUUACUCAUGAACUUGUACCACUGUUAUUUUAUUUAAUCGAAUUUGGAAGUACAUACAUUCUUAAAUUGGAAGCUACAUGUUAAUUUAAUUGUAUAUAUUAGAAAUUAUAUCCAUUUUUGCUGGAGGAAAAAGUGAAAUUUCAAGAACUAUCUUUGAAAAUGGAAUAGUUCGACUAUCUUAAUCAAUAUUACAAAAUACAAAUCCUGAAUUAUCAAUGUUAAUGAUGAUCAUAUUAGGAAAAUUAGCAGGAGAUUCAAUUUAAUACAGAGAUUGUAUUCUUCAAGUAUGUAAUUUGGAUAGAAUUAUAUUAAAAAUGCAACCUAGAUAUGAAGCAACCUAUGUCUGGUGUAUAGCUAAUAUGUGUAUUGGUAGACCAAGUCCAAAAUUUGAAAUAAUUAGACCAGCAUUCAAUAUUUUUAUGAGAGUCAUCAUGUAUGAACCAACUUAAACAAAUAUAAAAAUGAUGAAUGAUGCAAUAUGGGCACUUGGAUACAUGUUAGAUGGAGAACCUACAAGAAUAACAAUACUAAUUGAUUAUGGAAUCGUCAAAAGAUUAAUUGAAUUGAUGCAUCAAUGCAACUUUGUUUCAGUUUUGAGAAUUUUUGAAUGUAUUUUCUAAGGAACACAAGAAUAAAUUCGCUAUCUCUUAGAAUGUGGAUUUCUAUCACAAAUAAGAAAUAUUCUUGAUCCUAAGAGUAGGGAGAAGAGUGGUAAUAUGAUCUAAACCUUUGCAGCAACUGAAACGUUAUUCAAAGUGUUGUCUAAUCAGAAUUUUUUAAUAUCAUUAUUUCAUUCUUUAUCUGAUGAAAAUUCAGAAAUAAGAGGAGAUGCAUUAGAAAUGAUUGUUAAUGCAGUCUAACAUGGAACGAAUGAAGACCUAAAUUAGAUGAUUAAAAAUAAACUCAUUCAAAGUAUUUUAAACAUGCUUAAUUUGGCAUAAGUAAAAGAAAUAUCAUCUCAUCAUCUUAAAAAAGGAUUAGAAAUCCUUAUAAAAAUACUGAGGAAAGGUGAAAUUAGAUCAAAGGACAGAUAAAAAAAUUAGUAUUUUACAGUAUUCAUUGAAAUUGAUGGAAAAGAUGUAAUACAAAAGCUACUAUCCUCUAAUUAGGAUGACGUUGCGAAAUAUGCUUACAUUUUUAAAUAGGAAUUCACCUUAUGA